AUGCCAUCCUCAUCCCCAUCCACACACCAAGACACCCACUCCACCCCAUCCCUCCACACCGCAAAACCCAAACCCCUCACAAGUAAAUUCACCGAAGGACGCAUGCAGGACGAACCAUCGGGCCCCCCACCAAGAAAAUACAUCGACUCACAACCCAGUGCGCGAUCUAGUUCCGAGACGGCGCGUACAGAUACACAUGUAGCAAUAGCGACUUACGAACAACCUCCAAGGUCCGCUUCGGAACCUGUUGAAGUCUCGUCGUGGGUGAGUAAACGAUUCCUAUAA